AUGGCGCCGAGUUGUGGGCUCUUCAUCUGCUUUCUGCUCUGGGGAAGCUUGGAGCUGUGCUACCCCCAGCCCCUCUGGCAGGAUAGGGUCUCCCGCCUUGUGGUGAAGUGUCUGGAGGCUCAGCUUGUGGUCACUGUCAGCAAAGACCUUUUUGGCACUGGGAAGCUCAUCAAGCCUGCAGACCUCACCCUGGGCCCUGAGGGCUGUAAGCCCCUGGUCUCUCUGGACACCGAUGAUGUGGUCAGGUUUGAAGUUGGGUUACAUGAGUGUGGCAACAACCUGCAGGUGUCCAAGGAUUCCCUGGUGUACAGCACCUUCCUGCUCCACAACCCUCGCCCUGUUGGGAACCUGUCCAUCCUGAGGACUAACCGCAUGAAAGUGCCCAUCGAGUGCCACUUUCCCAGGCAAGGCAACGUGAGCAGCCAAGCCAUCCUGCCCACCUGGGUGCCCUUCAGGACCACAGUGUUUUCGGAGGAGAAACUUGCUUUCUUUCUGUACCUGAUGGAGGAGGACUGGACCUCUCAGAAGAGGUCCCCAACCUUCCAGCUGGGAGAUACAGCCCACCUCCAGGCCGAAGUUCACACGGGCAGCCACGUGCCCCUGCUACUGUUCGUGGACCACUGUGUGGCUACACCAACGCUGAAUCGGAGUGCUUCCCCUUCCCACACCAUCGUGGACUUCCAUGGCUGUCUCGUGGAUGGCCUCUUCGAGGCUUCGUCUGCUUUCAAAGCACCCAGACCGGGGCCAGAGACUCUCCAGUUCACAGUGGACAUGUUCCAGUUUGCUAAUGACUCCAGAAACACGGUAUAUAUCACCUGCCAUCUGAAGGUCACUUCGGCUGACCAAGCCCCAGACCAACUCAACAAAGCCUGUUCCUUCAGCAAGUCCACCAACAGCUGGGUCCCGGUAGAGGGCGCUGCUGAGGUCUGCCAGUGCUGUGCGGAGGGUAACUGUGGCAUUUCAGCCCGUUCCAGGAGGCUAGUGGGACAGUGGCACAAGCCUGCUUCCCGCAGUCGCAGACACGUGACAGAAGAGGCAGACGUCACGGUGGGGCCACUGAUCUUCCUGGGAAAGACUGGUAACCAUGGCGUGGAGAGUUCGCCCUCUUCUCUCACCUCUGUGAUGCUGGGGUUAGGCCUGGCAGUGCUGGCGUCCCUGACUCUGGCCACUGUUGUCCUGGGUCUGGCCAGGUGGCGUCAGGCUGCUUUCCACCCUGUGAUGUGACCUGUGU